AUGGUAGACUCAAACAACAGAGAUAGGUAUGGUGAUAGAAGCAGGGGACAUGGGGGAAAUGGAGACAACAAAGCACGGUCUGAAAGAGGUGCAAGAGAUUUGGAUUCCCCUGCUGACACGAAAGACAGAGAUAGACUCAUGGGAAGACGCGGAGAUGAUGAUUACAAGUGGAAAGAUGAGUGUGACUCCAGAAAAAGAGAUGAAGACGAUGGCUACAGGGGGAAAGAUGAGCAAGACUCAAGAAAAAGAGAUGAAGAUGAUAGCUAUAGAGAAAGGCGAACUAGUCGAGAUGAUAGGAGAAACACGGAUUCUAGCCAUUUGGAGAGAAGGAAUGAAGGAGAUUAUAGUAAGAGACCUGAAGACAGUGGAAAGCAAGAUAUGAAGAUGGAUUAUGGACGAAGAAAAGGAAGUCCAGGUGAUGAAGAUUACAAGAAUGGAAGGGAUGAUGAAGAUUACAAACAUAGAAGGGAAGAACGUGGGCAUAAAAGACAAGAUAUUGUAUCUGAUGAUUAUCCUCAUAGGAGGCAUCAUGGUGACAGGAGAUGA